UUAUAUUAAUGUGCGGUGGCUUCGACGUGUCAGUUUGUUGUAAAUAAUUCGCGGAGUAAGUCACAAAUUCCAAGUGUGUCAAAACGCGCUGCGAAUCAAUACGAGACGUAAUCAACGCAAUAAACUAACUUAUCCAUACAGCAACAGCAAGCAAUUAAUAAUUAGAACCAACUAAAAGAACAACUGCAUCAGCAUGGCGGAAAAAGUAAAUGUUUGCAUCGUUGGCUCAGGCAACUGGGGUUCGGCCAUCGCAAAAAUUGUGGGCGCCAAUGCUUCAGCGCUGCCCGAGUUCGAGGAGCGCGUUACAAUGUUUGUCUACGAGGAGUUGAUUGAUGGCAAGAAGUUAACCGAAAUCAUCAAUGAAACGCACGAGAACGUCAAAUACUUGAAGGGACACAAACUCCCACCAAAUGUGGUUGCUGUACCUGAUCUCGUUGAGGCUGCCAAGAAUGCCGAUAUACUAAUUUUCGUGGUGCCGCAUCAGUUUAUACCGAAUUUCUGCAAACAAUUGCUGGGCAAAAUCAAGCCAAACGCCAUUGCCAUAUCGCUGAUCAAGGGCUUCGACAAAGCCGAAGGCGGCGGCAUUGAUCUAAUUUCGCACAUUAUCACCCGCCAUUUGAAGAUACCAUGCGCUGUCCUCAUGGGAGCUAAUCUGGCCAACGAGGUGGCCGAGGGCAACUUCUGCGAGACGACAAUCGGCUGCACGGACAAAAAAUACGGCAAGGUGCUGCGUGAUCUCUUCCAGGCCAAUCACUUCCGUGUCGUGGUUGUUGAGGAUUCCGAUGCCGUUGAGGUUUGCGGUGCCCUCAAGAACAUUGUUGCCUGCGGUGCGGGCUUCGUUGAUGGUCUGAAGCUGGGCGACAACACCAAGGCAGCUGUGAUUCGUCUUGGCCUUAUGGAAAUGAUUCGUUUCGUCGAAGUCUUCUACCCUGGCAGCAAAUUGUCUACCUUCUUCGAGAGCUGCGGUGUUGCGGAUCUUAUCACAACGUGCUACGGUGGCCGCAAUCGUCGUGUCUCUGAGGCUUUUGUCACCUCUGGCAAAACUAUUGAAGAGCUGGAGAAGGAAAUGCUCAAUGGACAAAAAUUGCAAGGUCCUCCUACUGCCGAGGAAGUUAACUACAUGUUGAAGAACAAGGGUCUGGAGGACAAAUUCCCUCUGUUCACCGCCAUUCACAAAAUUUGCACAAAUCAGCUUAAGCCUAAAGAUUUAAUCGAUUGCAUACGCAAUCAUCCAGAGCAUAUGGAUGAUACGAUCAUCAUGCCGUCGCCAAAACUCUAAACUGUGUUACAACCAAAUAUAUAAAAAACAAAAGAAAAAAUAUACAAUCGAUU